AUGUUCCUGCGAACUUCUUCUGGCGUGCUUCGCGUAAGCUCAUGGCUUCGCAGUAAUCGUCUGCAGACGUGUCUAUCCUUCCGAUGCAUCUCUCUGAUUCUCGCCGCCAUUGGAGCCCUGACACUAUUCUAUCUGUUUGCAGUCCCGCAACUUAUCAGAUUGCGACUGCGUGCCGGUCUCAGCUGGUAUGACCUAGGAGGUCAGGGCUUUGGUCCGGACCGAAACUACCUCUCCUUCGAUCAAGAGUCGCCAAUCGUCGAAAUAACUCCGCCUGCCGCAAAAUGCGACCCCCGCUAUACUUUCCUUGCACCGCGAGGCGAUUCGGUUGCGCACCCCGGACCGAUGAUUUUGAACUCCGCCGGGGAUCUGGUAUGGACGAAAUGGAAUUCGGGAACCACACAAGAUUUCAAAGUGCAGCGGUAUAAAGGCGAGGAGUACCUCACCUACUGGCAAGGGGAUACGGAUGACAACUAUGGACGAGGAUCAUGGUAUAUGCUUGAUUCAACCUAUACUCCGAAAUAUGUGGUGUCGCCUAUCGGCAUGUAUGAUGGCGAUUUGCAUGAUUUCCAGAUCACUUCGAAUGAUACAGCUCUAAUGAUGAUUUACGAUCCCAUCCCGAUGGACUUGAGCUCUAUCGGUGGCCCGGAACUGGGGUGGAUGUACGAUGGAGUGUUCCAGGAAGUCAACCUGGAGACGGGAGAACUGUUGUUUGAAUGGCGCGUCUCCAACUACUAUAACCCGAGCGAUAGUUACGCUGCGAUCGGAGACAGCGGCUAUGGACGAACCUCGGGCUAUGACCACUCGCAUAUCAACAGUGUGGACAAGGAUGAUCAGGGCCGGUACUUGGUCUCGAUACGCCACCUUCAUACCGUUGCAUGCAUCGAUGGCACCACUGGCGACGUCCUUUGGUCACUGGGGGGGAAACGAAACGAUUUUGCCGAUGCUUCGCACGGGGCUGCCACAAACUUUUCAUGGCAGCAUGAUGCUCGCUGGCGAGGACCCAGCCGCCUUAGCUUAUUUGACAACGCAGCCAACAAUAACGACAAUCCCUCUGCAGUAAGCCGCGGGGUUAUCAUUGAAUUGGACACUGAAGCGCGGAAGGCAAAGUUGGUGCAGUCUUUCUAUCACCCGGACGACAUGAUGGCCGUUUCUCAGGGGAAUUUGCAGCUACUGGACACGGGGAACGUGCUCGUGGGCUGGGGUCACUCUGCAGCGUUCACCGAGUUCUCUCCAGAGGGCGAUGUUUUAUGCAAUGCCCACUUUGGCGCUUCUGCUUUCUUUACCUUUGGCCGCGUCGUCUCCUACCGAGUCUUCAAGUUCCACUGGGUAGGCCAGCCUCUCACAACCCCCGAUUCUGCCUUCACGUCAGAUAGUGUCUUUGUUAGCUGGAACGGUGCAACUGAAGUGGCAGAGUGGCGACUGGAGGCAUGGAACGGUGAAAAUCUCACCAAUAUGGUUUUCGCCGCUGUUGACCAGGUCCCAUGCGACGGCUUCGAGACUGAGAUUCACCUCAGCCCAGAAAUUCAUUCAUUCUUCCGUGUUCGGGCAAUCGAUUCGAAUGGGGGCAAUCUCGGUGUAACGGAGAUACUUCAGCGACCACCAGCAUCCUCGUCGGAGAAUUCUUCCAUCAAUUCGUGGACAUUGGGGACCAUUGCGCUUGUGAUCUUUGUCUGCCUUGUUUGCGGCAUAUAUCUGGCGGUUCACCGUCGACUUCGCCACAGCGCGGGAUCCACUGGCCCCUAUCGACUGUUGUCGCACGGGGAUGAGGAUGAGGGCCACGACGGACCCGAUCGCCUACCGUUAUAG